CGAAACCUGAAGCAGCUAUUGCUUGCCUUCUUCAUGCUCCCUCCUCCUGCAGGUGAUGCAGUUUUUAGAAGGCCUGCAGGAGAGCCAGAGAAAUUUAGACAUGUAACUAAAAAUCUAUAUUGAUGGAUCUCUUCCACCAGCAUGAAGAGGCGUCCCGUUAUCCUUUCAGCUUACUGGCAUAAAGUGUUUUCUUGCUAUAUUCAACCAAGUUCAAGCAGAGUUCAUAUCUCAUUUGUAUGCUUUUCAAGUUAUUCUUCCUUUGGAUCACCUGGGUUGAGAUCUUUUCCUGAUUAUUCACCAAAGAAACCUUCUAUAAGAGACGCUAAUUUUGUGCACCGUAUCUCAACUAUCAUCAAGCAACGCCGCUGUGAGCCCUUUCGCCGAAUUCUGAAGCCUUUUGAGUCCAAAUUCAGGCCUGACCACCUCAUUUGGGUACUCAUGGACAUAAAAAAUGAUUACACCCUAGUUGUGAAUUUAUUUGACUGGUCAUGCAUUAGACGGGAUCCAUCACUUGAGGCACGCUGCAUUCUUAUUCAAAUUUCAGUAGCUGCAAAAGAUCUAAACAUGGCUCAGAAACUAUUUGAUGAAUUCUGGACUAAAACCAUGAUCGAUCGCAAUACAUCAGUCUCCCAGUUUCUUGAAAAGUUAAUAUACACUUAUAAGGAUUGGGGUUCAAAUCCACAUGUCUUUGACCUUUUUCUCCAAGCUCUUGUUGAAAAUGGACACCUUGCUGAUGCAAGAAAGGUCUUUGAUAAGAUGUUGAAUUAUGGUCUGGUUCUCUCUGUUGAUUCAUGUAACAUGUUUCUUUCCAGAUUGUCCAAAGAUAUUGAUGGUCUCAAAAUAUUGUUAAAGGUUUUCAGGGAAUUUUCUGAAGUGGGAAUUCAGUGGAAUACCAUGUCAUAUAAUAUAAUGAUACACUCACUUUGUCAAUCAGGGAACGUUAGAGAAGCUCAUGACCUACUUUUUCAGAUGGAGUUGAGAGGUUGCAUUCCUGAUGCUGUAAGUUACAGUACGAUCAUCAAUGGAUAUUGUAGUCAAGGAGAUCUUCAGUCGGUGCUAAAAGUUGUUAAAAAUAUGCAACAGAAGGGUUUGAGGCCAAAUGCAUUUACUUUCAACAGUGUAAUCCUUCUCCUGUGCAAGACUGGUAAAUUGGUAGAUGCAGAGAAGGUUCUGAGAGAGAUGAUUUCUCAAGGAAUUUUUCCAGAUAAUGUAGUCUACACGACUCUGAUUGAUGGUUUUAGCAAAAGUGGAAAUGUUGCUUCUGCGUUCAGAAUGUAUGAUGAAAUGCGGAGUCGGAACAUUAUUCCUGAUUCCAUCACAUAUACUGCUCUAAUUCGUGGUCUUUCUCAGAAUGGAAAGGUUGCAGAAGCAGACCAGCUCUUUCGUGAAAUGCUUAAUAUUGGGUUAAAAGCAGAUGAAUUUACUUAUACAACGCUUAUUGAUGGUUAUUGCAAAGUAGGUGAAAUUAAAGUGGCAUUUUCUCUGCACAAUGAGAUGAUCCAGCUGGGGCUGAUCCCAAAUGUGGUCACAUACACUGCACUGGUUGAUGGACUCUGUAAACAGGGGGAGGUUGAGACGGCAAAUGAACUUCUUCAUGAGAUGUGUGUAAAGGGACUUGUUCUUAACAUCUACACGUGCAAUGCACUUCUCAACGGUCUUUGCAAAUCUGGGAAUAUAGUUCAAGCAGUGAAGUUGAUGAAAGAUAUGGAGGUGGCUGGGAUAUUGCCUGAUGCUUUUACCUAUACUACAUUAAUGGAUGCUUAUUGCAAAUCUGGGGAAAUGGCUAUGGCGCACCAAUUGCUUGAAGACAUGUUACAGAGGGGAAUUAAACCAACUGUUGUUACAUUCAAUGUUCUGAUGAGUGGUUUUUGUAUGUCGGGGAUGCUAGAAGAUGGUCACAAGCUGCUCAACUGGAUGUUGGAGAAGGGUAUAAUGCCUAAUGCAACCACUUACAAUUCUCUUAUUAAACAACAUUGCAUUAGAAAUGACAUGCGUGCAGCCACUGAAAUUUACCGGGGUAUGUGUCAUCAGGGAGUGGUGCCAGAUGAAAGUACCUAUAAUGUAUUGAUACGAGGGCAUUGCAAAGCGAGGAAUAUGAAGGAAGCAUGGUUUUUGCAUAAGGAAAUGGUUGAGAAGGGAUGUAAUCUUACAGCUGAGACCUAUAGUGCACUAAUUAAGGGAUUUAUGAAAAGGAAGAAGUAUAUGGAGGCGAGAGAGCUUUUUGAAGAGAUGAGAGAGAAAGAACUAUCUGCAGAUAAAGAAAUAUAUUGCAUGUUUGCAGAGAUGAACUAUGAGGAGGGGAACAUUGAUUUGGCUUUGGUGCUUUGUGAUGAAGCUGUAGAGAAGUGUCUCAUUGAUAAUAGCAAAGGUGGGAGGAAAUAACUCUUACUUGGUUUGAUCUUUCUGGAGUUCAUCUUCGCUCUGCAUGGUUUUUGUUGCUCCCAACUGCUUGGAAAAUUCUGGCUGCCUGAAAUGGAAGAACAAAGACAUGGACAUAUGUCUAGAUUAAAAUUUUCCCACAUCCACAUCUGGACCAGGGAAGUUACUGGACACCUUGGACCUUGGUCUGGCAAAGGGCUGGAAGAUGUGUUCAUGUGAACGUGUAUAAGCAUAAUGACAUCUAGCAAAGUGCCUUCUUGAGGUCUGUAUAAGGACUUUAUGAUACCUUAUGUGUAAAGAGGCUGGUAGAAUGAUUCUCAAGAAAUGUGGUUUUAGCAAAGUCCUAUUCCUGGAGAAUUUGGCCCGUUGUUAAAGCUAUUGAAGCUUGGAGAUGUAUGCCCUCCGAAUUCUUUUAAGUAGAAGUUGGUAAUGGCCAGUAUACCUAUUUUUGAGGUGCAACAGCUAUCUAACUGCUUAAAUGGCAGCAAAGCAAUGAGAAGGUGUGAGAGAUGAUGAAAUUUGAUUAAUUAUGUCUGCAAAGUCCCAGUAGGAGGAGCUUUGGUAGAGGAGUUCAGAUAGAAAAUACUAUACGAACUCCACCUGUAAGUUUCGGCAGUAUGUGAAGAAGCAAAAAGUUUGAUUCUGAAUUCAUAUGAAGAAUAUUCUGGUAAUGGUGAGGUAAGGACCCUAAAGCCAGUUGCUGGAAUAUCACUUCAGUGAUGUUUGUCUGGUCUGUGAAAGAAUGCCUAUGCAUUAACUCUAAUGCAGACAAUAAUGGAAAUCGGUUACUCAGGAGCUUGAGACGGAACGUCAUCCAAGUGAUGGUGCCUCUGUGGCUCUGUUUGCCCUUCUCUGGCAAGCAUUUUGGAUACGAUUGGAUUGAGAAUUCUUAUAAUGCCUGCUUCACUAAGCUUGCUUGGUUGACCAUCUUUUACUUACAUGGAUGGAAAGCCGAGCUCUUGAGUGAGACUUCAGAUGCUGUUCAUUAAAGCUGCUGGUUGGCAGAAAGUGUUUAGUGCCUAUCAGAAUUGGCAACACAGUAGCACAAACUUGUCUUUAGUAAGGCCUUCCUAGUUCUUGCCGAUUAUCUAAUGUUAGCCAAGUCCUGUCAAGAAAGGCCCCUUGAGAUGCCAUCAUUACUCUGUUUUGGCACCGAAAUAAUUUAUUUUAACCGAGACUAAAAUGCACAGACAGCCUCUUUUUUCUUUUUUCUGCUGACUAUUGUUUAGUCUUUAUUUUCUUUUGAGAUGUCUGAGUUGAUAAGGUGUGUUGCGAAAAUAAUAACGUGAACAGGAAAUCAACAGUGGGAAGUAUCAUUGAUAAUUCUAGUAAAGGUCCAUUAUUGCUUACUAUCCUCUGAGUUUCAUUACAAUAACCCUUGCAUGUUACAAGCAAAGCUCCAGGACUGUUGACAGGGUUUCACUCUUGAGGAUGCUGACUUUUCUGAAUGGCGAUGUUGGCAUUGAUUCUAUCUUUGCUGCUUCUUUGCCUACUUCACAUCCAAGUACUAUUCCACCAAGGCAUCUGGAGCUUUCCCCUGAGUGGAAAGUCUGGAGCCUUCCCACUGGACCUGUGGAGCUCUUAUUGUUAUCCUCUCUGCUGGCAAAUCAUUUUGCCAACACAUGACUCAGGAAAUCAUGAAUGUAGUAUAAAACAGCGAAGUUUGCAAUGUUGUGAUUCGUUUUCUUUGUAGCAAUGGUGAGGGUCCAUAACAGAUUGGAAUGUGAGUUGAACACCAUCCUAUAUGGAAGCUUUGCUCUCAAUGGCCAUCUUAUUUCUUGAAUUUGGUAUUUGGCAGUAUGCUCGAAUGAAAGUGAAUCUGGAGCUCAUGAAAGAUGCUGAUUAUUUUGUGAUAUUGUUAUAGUGCUUUACAUGGAGAAUUAUUACCUCAUUGUGAUUCAGAUACUUUGCAAUUCUUCUGUAAGCUUCAUUUACCAUUCAAGUAUCUGGUUAAGUUCGCACAGUGGCAGCUAAGUAUAUUAUGAAACGUGACGACAAUACAUUUGUAAGGAUAGAUACUGUGAUGGCAGAAGCGAACAAAAUUCAAAGUGGUAGAAGUUUCUAUAAUGGAAAUAUCAACUAUUAUCAUAACCCUCUACGCCAUGGUGAAUGGGAUGAGAUGUAACUUCUUGCUGGUGGUUUCAAUUUUGAGGUGUAGGUGUUAAUUUCCAGUCAUUGAAAUGUCAAGAUGCCAGACAUAGUAAAAUAAAACUGGCUAAGUUGCAAAUCAGCAUGAAUAUUCAUGUCCAUUAGCUUUUUUAUUGCUGUGGCUAUGUGCUUCUGUCAUAAGAAAAGGAAUGGCCAGUGGUUUAUCCACCCUAUGCCAAUGGGCCUGGUUAUAUUGUGUCAGCAGACAUAGCACAAUAUGCUGUAUCUGAGUUUGAGAAACACAAACUAAGAGUAUGUGCUUCUGCCUUCUUUAACCCCAGCCCCUUACCGGUCAUCGCACAGACUCGGUUAUUGAAGAUGGAAGAUGUAAGCAUGGGAAUGUGGGUGUUUCUCAAAUAACACUUCAGUGAAGGUGUGUCUGGUUUGCGAAAGAGUGCCUAUGCAUGAAUUAUAAUGCAGACGACAAGGGAAAUCGAACACUCAGGAGCUUGAGAUGGAAUGUCAUCCAAGUGAUUGCUCUGUGGUUCUGUCAUCCUUUCUUUCGCAAGCAUUUUGCAUACAAUUGGACUAAGAAUUCAAUCAAUGCCGCUUAACUAAGCUUGCUUGGUCGACCUUGUUUUACUUACGUUGAUGGAGAGUCGAGCUCUUGAGUGAGAGUACAGAUGCUGUUCAUUAAAGCUGCUAGUUGGCUGAAAAUGUUUAAUGCCUAUCUGUAAAGAAUCAGAGCUUGAUCCAUUCCUCUCAGUAGCAGAAAGUCGCAUUAAUUCUUAUUAUGUUUUUUUCUCUACCAUUCACAAGGGACUUGCGACUCUAUUGUUUAUAGUCUUUUAUGUAUGAAGUGAAAGCACGAACACGCCUUUGUAAGUAGA